AUGCCACUGCAGAUCCGCAACAGCAUCAUCCCGGAAAGUGGGAAAGUCUUCAUCGUGGCAGAUUACGGACUCUUCGGGCAGCUUGACCUGCGAGUGUUGGCGCAUACUUCCGGCUGCCCCGACCUCAUUGGCGCUCUCAAGUCAGGAAUUGACCUCCAUUCCCACACAGCGGCACAGAUGUAUCCUCACAUCCAAGAUGCCAUAGACAAGGGUGAGGUGUCUCUGGAGGGCGACCACACCCAGCGCCUCGUCAAGGACGUGUACCCAUCGGAGCGCCGUAGCGCCAAGGCCGUCAACUUUGGCAUCGCCUAUGGCCUCACUUCAUACGGCCUGGCGAAGCAGCUGAGUUGCGCGGAGCCCGAGGCACAAGACAUGAUCGACAAGUGGUACGAAGCUUACCCGAAGGUGAAGGAAUGGCAGAGCCAGGUCAUCGAAGAGGCCGAGCGAUCGAUUCUCCGAGUCCACACCUACCGAGGUCGGCCAAGGCAUAUCGUCGGCUUGAUCAGGCGUCCGAGGAUCGGCCACGAGUUGGUGCUGAGGCCGCUACUUGCGAACUCGAAGCGUCCCAUGUAUUCCAAAGACAAAGCGUUCUGGGAAUACCUUUCUGCCAAGCGGCAAGCAAUCAAUGCGCCCGUUCAGGGCGGUUCGGCAGAUGUCGUCGCGGAGGCGAUGGUGAAGGCUGCCAGAGACGAGGUCCUCAAAGAGUUGGGCUACCACAUGGUGCUGCAGGUCCACGAUGAGCUGCUGUUCGAGGGGCCCGAGGAAAAAGCCGAAGAAGCCCUGGAGGCUGUCAGGCGGGUAAUGGAAGACCCUUUCCUGGACGACUACCAGUUCCUUGUCCCGCUCGUGGUGGAUGCGAAGAUUGCAACGUCCUGGCACGAAGCAAAGCACGCCUAG